UAUAAAAAGGAACCCUAGACGACGAAAGAAAGAAAUCGGCCGCAACUUUUUCUGAAUAUCAAUUUCCAGUUCCGACGGCCGAGCUCGGAAUUUCUGAUCGGAGUAGAGGAAGUGUGAAGCAUCAACAACAGUCUAAUCGAAAAUUACUCAUCAGGCGGAGUUUAUUCUCUAUCAUUAGAAAUGGGUAUAAAGGAGAAGAAACGUAUGCAGAAAAGUCUAAAAAAAGCAUCAUCAAAAUUUUCAGGUGGCAAAGAUGAAACUGCAGAUUUCUUGCCAAUUGAAGGGGGUCCUGGUGUUAAACUUGCCAAAAGUGUACCAUUGUCUAGUAAGGCUACAGUCCUCUAUAUAGGUCAUAUUCCACACGGGUUCUAUGAGAAUGAGAUGGAAGGUUUUUUUAAACAGUUUGGCACUGUCAAGAAACUUCGAAUUGCAAGGAAUAAGAAGACUGGAAAGUCAAAGCACUUUGGCUUCAUCCAAUUUGAGUCCCCUGAGGUUGCAAAAAUUGUUGCCGAGUGCAUGCAUAAUUAUCUUAUGUGUGAACACAUGCUGAAAGUUCACCUGAUUGAACCUGAAAAUGUUCAUCCAAAAUUGUGGAGUGGUGUUAACCGUUUUUACAAACCUCCGGAUUGGGUUAAAAUCGAGAGGAAAAGGCACGACAAGGAAAGAACAUUGGAAGGGCACAAGAAAUUGGUUGAAGGAAUCAUGAAAAGGGAUAAGAAAAGGAGGAAGAAGAUAGAGGCAGCUGGUAUGGAUUAUGAAUGCCCAGAAAUUGUGGGAAGCAAUCCGCCUGCUCCGAAGAAGAUUAGGUUUGAUUGAGAAGGAGGGUAAUCAUAAAAAGACUGAAAUACCCCCACCUUCCAGCCUCAAACCAGAUUUUGAAUCUACAUUUGGUUAUUAACGUUGUACUAGUAGUAUUUGGAGUUUACAAUUCACAGUUUUUCUUAAGCUUCAGUGACAUGUUUUUUCUAGUUAUGAUUUGUUUUUCCUUAAAAGAGUUAAGAGGACAGCACAACAUCAGUACAAAUAUUUUAUAUAUAUUAAUGGAGUAAGCUAUUGAUCUUU